GUGUGUGUGUGUGUGCAGUGUUAUCUCCAUAUCACGGUACAUGAGCACCGCCUAUGCCCCGGGCCAUGCCAGGGAGGGGCGGGGCGACAGCGGCACAUAGCUCCUCCCCCUCCAGUCUGCAGUCGCCGGGGCUGCCGGACCGGAGCAGCUCGGCACCGCCACACCGCCGCUGGUCGCUCGUCCGCGCUGAGCGAGGACUCGGUGCCGCCAGGAGCCUCCCCGCCCCGCCGCCGCCGCCGCCGCCUCGUCUCGGGUCCGCGGUGAACGUCAUGGCCUCCGACGGCAUGGACGAGCGCUCCCCGCUGCUGUCGGCGCCCACCUCGGGGAAUGUGACCCCCACCGCGCCGCCGUACCUGCAGGAUUCGAGUUCCCGAGCCAUCGCCAGCCCCGACGCCGGCGGUGUACCUGUCAUCAACUGCCGCGUCUGCGAGUCGCUCAUCAACCUGGAUGGAAAGCUGCAUCAGCACGUGGUCAAGUGCACAGUCUGCAACGAAGCUUCACCCAUCAAGAACCCUCCAACAGGGAAGAAGUAUGUGAGGUGUCCCUGUAACUGCCUGCUCAUCUGCAAAGACACGUCCAGGAGGAUAGGAUGUCCUCGACCAAACUGCAGACGCAUUAUCAACCUGAGCCCGGUGAUGGUAAUCCCAGAGGAGCAACCCGCCCAGCCGGCGCUGCCCAUCCAGCCUCAGGGGAUGAGGGUGGUCUGCGGUCACUGUGGCAACACCUUCCUAUGGAUGGAGCUUCGGUUUAACACGCUUGCCAAAUGUCCCCACUGCAAAAAAAUAUCCUCCGUUGGCAGUGCGCUCCCUAGGAGGCGCUGUUGUGCUUAUAUAACCGUAGGAAUGAUCUGCAUUUUCAUUGGAGUAGGUUUAACAGUCGGUACUCGGGACUUUGCCAGUCGUUACAACGCCACCUACGUGUCCUGGGCUUUCGCCUACCUGCUGGGCCUCAUCUGUCUGAUACGAGCCUGCUACUGGGGAGCAAUCAAAGUGAGCUACCCGGAGAACAGCUUCGCCUAGGGGUUCGGCACGGCCCAGCUCGGCACGACUGGAAGAACAAACCCCAGUUUUGUUUUGUUUUCUUUCCCAGCUCAUUCAGUUCUGAAACCGGUCAUGUUCAGCAGAGUGGAACGCCUGCAGAGAGUGUUUAAGGUGUGUGUGUGUGUGUGUGUGUGUGUGUGUGUGUGUGUGUGUGUGUGUGUGUGUGUGUGUGUGUGUGUGUGUGUGUGUGUGUGUGUGUGUGUGUGUGUGUGUGUGUGUGUGUGUGUGUGUGUGUGUGUGUGUGUGUGUGUGUGUGUGUGUGUGUGUGAAGGGGUGAUAUGUUCUGUUGCGCUUGGGUCUGGAAUGUUUUCAACUCGCUGAACAAACCUACUGUACAUCGAUGAACCCUCCUACUGGUCCACAGACUCAAAUCCUGCCCUGGUUUUGCCAAAUUUUCUUGAUGAAUGCUAAAAAAUGAGUUGGCUUCUCUUCUGAUUUGAAAAUGAUGGUUUAUCAAACUGGCUGGAUUUGGGCAGCAGCCUGUCGGUACCCACUUUAUUUCUGUUGUUACCGACCAGACCAAAAGAAGACAACCUUUGCCCAUUGCACUAUGAUUAUAUGCAAUUGUAUGUGUUGUUUUGCUGCUAGUUAAACUCCAGCUACAGAAAGCUGCAUAUCCAUACUGUAUUGUAACCAUUGACCUUGCCUGUGUACACUGACAUAGUAUUACUGUAUGAUUUUAACUCUCGAAAUAAUCAAUUUAAAAAAAAAAAGAAAUCGCCCUUAAUACCUAUGCGUGCCAACUUCGCUGCCCAGUAUUAGUCAAGAAGAGCGUCUGAUCGACAUGAGCUUGUCUAUUUGUUUGUGCCAUGCAGCUUUUUACUCACUACAGCAAUAACCCUCUUACUUGAGUUAUUUUUAAACCUCCCCUGCUUCUUAAAUGCGGUUUCGUUGCCUUCUCACUGGUGGAAAAAAUGCGAGACUCUCGUUUGCAUGUUGACCUGCUUUAGUUUUUCAGUCACAGAGUUGAUAGGUUUUUUUUUGUACCAGUGAGGUAGCUGACGCGUACGGUGUUCCCGUCUUUUCUCUUUCUGCAUGUGCGUUAGAAUGUAAACCCUCCUCCUCCCCUCGCUUCCAUCGCCGCCCUCUGACCUCCGGUGAACUCUGUGCUAGCUAGCAUCGCUGUCCGUUAAACUCAGCAUCCUGUCUCUUGACCUUUACCGGUGGGCACAGUUCAAACUUCUAAACUUGUUUUGAAUGUGAUGAUGAUGAUGAUUAAGAAGAAAAUAAUAUAAAAAAAACAAACUCUUUGUACAUAGUAUUCAAAUUCAGGACUUUAAAAACUGUGUGAGGUUGAAGGAUAAGGUGGCUUGUGGGUCUUUUUAAAAAUGAUAAUUUAUCAAUAAAAUGUUAAAACUG